AUGUACUCUUUAUAUGUAAUGAUCCCAAAAUGGCCGCACUAGCUAACUUUUCGGCCCUUAUUGUCCUUUGCUUCUAACAAAAACCGUUGGGCUGUCAAAUCCCUACAACGUACUGAGGAGGCUUCUGAAAGUGAGAGAGUCCUUGGCCAGUAAUCACCUCCAAGGGUUUUACCGACGCGCGGGGCUCCAAAACCCACAACGCCGUCGGGACCGCAGUGGGAACGCAGUGUUUCACUGAGCGUCCUGGCUGCCCUCCGCACAGGCCAAGAGCGGACGGGUCCCGCGAGGCAGGAAUCUGCCUCGCCCACCACAGGCGCUCGCCGACACUCUGGGUCCACUGGAGUCCCCAGCUCCCAAGCGCAAAACGCACAAGCGGCAACCGGGACUCACCCGACAUCACCCAACACCACACACGCAUGCGCAGCAGCUGAGGCACAACCCGCAGCCUUCGCCCGGUCCCUCGGACCGGAAGGAGUUGCUGCCGCUUCCGGCGGUGGUUGCCUCGGUGAUGUCGUGGGUUCAAAGUACUCCCUUGGUCCAGGGUCCCGGAGAAGAGGGGGACGUGUUUGACGAGGAAGCGGACGAGUCGCUCCUGGUGCAGCGGGAAUGGCAGAGCCACAUGCUGAGACGAGUCAAAGAAGGUUACAGAGAUGGAAUAGAUGCGGGCAAAGCAGUUACUCUUCAACAAGGCUUCAAUCAAGGUUAUAAGGAAGGUGCAGAAGUCAUUAUAAACUACGGGCAACUCAGAGGAACACUGAGUGCUUUGCUCUCCUGGUGUCACCUUCAUGAUAAUGGUUCGGCUCUGAUCAGUAAAAUAAAUAGUCUUCUGGAUGCAGUUGGCCAGUGUGAAGAGUAUGUGCUCAAACAUCUGAAAUCAAUCACGUCUCAGCCCCAUGUGGUAGAUUUGUUGGACUCUAUUCAGGAUAUGGACCUUGGUCAUGUAGCUCCAGCUGAGAAAAAGAUGGAUGAAGGUAAAGAUGAAAGACUCUGUGAAAAUAAUGCUGAGCUUCACAAAAACUGUGGCAAGAGUCUUAGUGAGGCAGAUUGUUCAUCUCUAGAAUGUUGUAGAAUACAAGAGCAGCCACAUUCUGAAAACCCAAGCCUCACAUGGAUUUUAGAACAGACAGCCAGUUUGGUCAAACAGCUGGGAGUAUCACUUGACGUAUUACAGCACCUCAAACAAUUAUAAAAAUUCUCUUCGUGUUUCUGAUGAAAGUAAUGUUGAGAACAUUUGUUGGAACACUUUGUUUCUUAACAAACUAACCAAAAUUUAUAGUGGUUUCUACAUGGAACACAUCACUUGUAGGUUAUCCUUCAUGGAAGUUUGAAAUGUCUUCAAAAUUAACACUAUUAAAUGUAAUAACAGCUUUUUUUCUUUGUCACUGGUAAUUUUUAUGUACUUUAAGGUACACUCAGAAACUCUAGUUGCAACAAGUUUCUGAUCAAAAUCAGGCAUUUUCAGACUCAUUAGCAAAAGUGAACAACAAUCAAAUGCAUUUUGUAAGGACCUAGCUCUGCUUUCUCCUCUUGUCACUAUGAGGUGAUUAGGACAGUAUCACCAAUUAAUCAGACCAAAGUUACCAUUAAAUAACCUGGUGGAUAACACUGUAAAUAGCCACACAUAGGUGUAUAGAAAUAUAUAUAUUGAAAUUAAGAGGCUAUAAGUAUAAUAAACUGAAGAAAUGUUUAUACUGAUGAUUUAAAAACUACUAAAAUUCAUUUUAGUUUUGUGUUAAAGGCAAGGACAUACAAUUCUAUGGAAAAUACAAAAUACAUUUCAUGUUCAAAGUACCUACUUAGUUUUUCCAAGUAUUAAUGAGUUAGGAGUUGUGUUAUCCAGCAAUGUGCCAGAUUAUUUCUAAACUGCAGUUCGUCUUACAUAUUCACAUAGUAGUAAAACACUGAAAUCACUGACUUCUGUAUUACCUCGUAGCAAUAUUCUUUGUCUAGCAUAGACAAAAUUAGAUCAAGCUUUUGCUCUAGGACCUAAGCAUAUAAAAUCAGGAAAGGAAUUUUCAGCACUUCCUUGGCCUAAAACACAAAGUUGUGUGAGGUACCUGCCGUCAAAGGCAUCCAAAUAAUUGCCCUUUGUCGAUGGCCUCAAUUGCUUUUUCACCAGUAUUUAUAUUUAGUAUCUACUCUAAAAGACAGGCAUACUAAGAUGGAGAAUCCAACAUCUUUCAAGAGAUUAAUAAAAUAUUCUAUUGAGAUCUUACCACCUCCUGAAAGUUCAUAGAACAUGAGAAAUUAAAGCAACAAAUUUGAAGUCAGAAGACCAUAUACUGGGGUGUCUGGCUGGCUCAGAGGAGCAUGUGAUUCUUGACCUAGGAAUGGUGAGUUCAAGCCCCACACUGGGUGUAGAGAUUACUUAAAAUCUUUUAAAAAUAAUAAUAGUAAGUUAAAAAUAAAAAGAUCGUAUACUGUUUUAGGAUUUCUAAAACAUGCUAAAGAUAACCAAGUGCCAUUUGACAUCACCUUUAAAAAAAAAUGCUUAUAUCUAGAUUAAACACUAUUUCAGAGAUUUACUAAUUUGUCUUGUUACAUAUUCUUUUCUGUGUUUAUGGAUACAGCCAAAAUCUCAAAUCCACAUGGAAUAUUAUAAGCAGUCUGUAAUAAGUCUGAAAGUGUUGUUCUGCCCUGCAUAUUAGAUAUGAAAUGUCCAUCCCUAAUGAUGCCUCUCAAGAAAGUCACCCUGAGUGAAAAUUUCACAAGUGCAAUAUACCUUGAGAUUUUACCUGGGCUCACCCUGCUAAGGUUCUCUGAAGAUAACACCCCUUGCCACCAUUGAUAAUAUGGUGUUUUUGUGCAGAUGUUCAUAAAGAAGAAAAUCAAGAGAAUUAGCUGAGUGGAUGGGGCUGUUGGUCAAAAACAUCUCUUAAAAUUGCUUUGCCUUUUAAAGACAAGUUUGUGGACUGCAGAGGAGUAUUAAUGGUAUGCUUAUUAUACCUGUGUUCAAUGAACGUGAGUAAGGGAAAGAAACCUUGUUCGCAUUAUGUGUUUUGCUUUGACACCUCUGCUAUAGGCCUGCCAGUUCUUGUCAUGAAGGACCCUAGCCGACCAUAAUGGUAAAGCAAGACUGCCCCAGAGUGGGCACAGCCCGACACUCAAGGCCCAAAACCCAUACAUUAGGCCUGAGUGAUGUGGCUUCCUUACAAACAGGAUUUUCACCUUAAAUAAUUUCUAGAUGCUGAAAUACCCAGAGCUUUUUUGUUUGUUUUAAUGGGAGGGAGAGUCCACAAUACUCUGCUUUUUGGACAUUUCAGUUGCUAGAGCUGCUGAGGCCACCAAAAUGUUUGUGAUACACAAGCAGGAAGUGGGCAGCUGAAGUUACCUACCUGCAUCCUUAUCUCAGUUAUAUCCUUAGCACUGCUUGUUAACUGCUUCUGUAGUACAUCAAAACAAAAGCUUUGAAACAAAUCCAAGUUGGGAUUCUCCCCCAUCUCCAAAUUAAAGGUAAAGCUUUACGUUCCCAUCUAAGAGGGACAUGCAGAUAUAUAUAGGAAUAGUCCUUAACGUGUUUUAAUAAUCUUGUUAAUUUCAGACCAAUGGCUGUAGUAAAUGUCCUAUGCUCUGUUAAUAAACUAUCAGGCCUUUUGCUCUACAGAAAUUCUCAAAUCUUCGCCAUGACGAUACUUCACCCGCAUAGUUUGCCCUUCUUGCGUCUGCUGUCCCACACUUCUCCCAGCAAACCCCCUGGAAGAGGAGUCUGCUGUUGCUCCCUGAUUGCUUUCUCCCCAUUCACUCUUCAGCUUCAAACUGCUUUUUUGCUAGGGUCACCUAUAGUUGAAGUCACAGAACUGCCCCUCAAUGAGUUGUCUCCUCCAUCACUGGACAUGAUGACCGUCCCUCCACGGCCUUCUGCAGCAGCACUGUUUCUUCUGUUCUCUCACUGUUGCCUAUCAUUUUGCUAAGUCCCCGUCUCUACCUGCCUGAGGAUUCCACAGAAUUUCAUUCUUGGACCUUUUUUUGUCUUUGUACUCUAACCAGAUCAUCUCCUUUGUUCCCACAGUUUUGAUUAUAAUCCUAAAGCUAAUAUUACAACCCCUGUUUCUCUCCCAAGCCCUAGACCUGUAUUUCCAACUGCAGUCUCUCUUGCCCGUCUCAGUGGCUUAGCCAUACAUGUCUAAAACACCUCCUUUCAAUCUUCUCUCCUCCCUCCCAUCCCAAACUGCUUUGCCUUUCAUAUUUUCAGUCUUUUAAUGUCAUCUCUGUUUACUCAAAGUUAGGAACCUUUUUUUUUAAUUGAGAUAUAAUUGAUAUAAAAUAUAGUAUAUUAGUUUCAGGUGUACAGUACAAUGAUUCAAUAUGUGUAUAUAUUGCAAAGUGGUCACCACAAUAAGCCUAAUUAACAUCCAUCACCAUACAUAGUUACAGUUUUUUUUCUUGUAAAGAGAACUUUUAAGAUCCACUCUCUUAGCAGCUUUCAAAUAUACAACACAGUGUUGUUAAUUAUAGUCACCACACUUUACAUUACAUCCCCAUGACAUUGAUUUUAUGACUGGAUGUUUGUAAAAGCUAGAAAUGUUUAAGUCUUUCUCUUUCCUUUGCUGUCAUACCCUACUUCCAAUUGGGAGUUUUUGCAUCUUUAGAACAUACCUUGAAUCUGGCCACCUUUCUAGUCACUGGAUUUUAAUUAACCUUUGCACUGGCCUCAUCACUAAUGUCAGUACCUCCAAUCUAGUGCUCUUCCUGUUCGUGCUCCACUGCCACCAUUAUCUACCUGAACAGUUUCCUUCUAGAGUUUAGAGCCUAUACCUCUUCCCUUAUUUUCUAUUGGAUAAGUUAUAAACUUGAGUUUCAUUUCUGGACCUAAGCUGCAUUGUCAGUCUGAUUUCCCAUCAUGCCUCCUGCUCCACCAUGCACAUUACACUUCUUUAUGAACAAUACUCUCUGCUUUAUGGACAAUUCCCAACUUCUAAACUUACUCACUGCUGACUCUUCUUCCCAGAA